AUGACCCACAAUUUGCUGUUGCUGCCUUGCUACUUGCUGUUGGUAAACGGAUUAUUCGGGUAUCGAAUUUCAGUGUUGGGACUGUCAGGUGGAGCCGAUGAGUAUGGCUACAUUGCGCCUCUCUUCGACUACGAUAAUUACAAUGCUUGUCGCCAUCAACAGCCGGCGCUCUACUGUCUUGCUAAGGUAGUGAUCGAGCCGGUUCGAAAUUCAGAUAACUCGACUCGCAUCAUUGCGGGUCCACGAAAAAAUGUCCUGGAAAGAGGCGUUUGUGUCGCCCAGUGUGCAGUGGAGAUUGGCCAGCUAAAUGCAACCGAGCAUCAUCGGCUUUUGCAACCUAAGAUUGAUGUUCCGUACAUGUACACGAUGUCAAUAUUUUGGAAGGAAACUAUCGAACAGUACAUCAAUCGGUACGGCGAACUUGUCAACAUUUGCAUCAAUAAUCGUCUGGAACAGAAGCACAACAUAGUAGCUUACUCCGAGUUGGAGUACUGUCUUGACGUGAAGUCAGCUGGAAAGAUUGAACUCGAUUGGCUGAAGAUCACAUUCGCCGCAGUGUUGUUAUCGUUUCUGGUUACGUUCCUGAUUGCUAACGUCAUCGAUCUUCUUGGCAAUGACCGACUAAAAAAUCAAACCAUCGUAACCAGCUUUUCCGUUAGGCGAAAUGUGGCCCUCCUAUUGCAGGAGCCAAAGACGGAAUUGACUCGCGAUUUUGCCUACAUCGAUGGUCUCCGAGUACUAAUCUGUUCCUCCGUGCUUCUGUCACAUUGCCUACUUUCGGCCAAAUUUACACCAAUUUCAAAUCCCGAAACCUUCGUGCAAAUAUACUAUAACCCCAUUACAUUAGGUAUCGUUACACCGUUAGCUAUGUUGGUGAAAAUGUUCUUCACCAUUUCGGGCCUGCUGCUAACGGUGCAUGUUUUGAAAGACUUCAGAACGAAACCUCAGGCGGUGGGGUGGUAUUAUUUUACUACUAAGUUUGCACAUCGUUUGAUUCGGUUGCUUCCGGUGUACUACUUCUUCCUGCUGCACGCAACAGUCUACGACUGGUAUCCAGGAAUUGAUACAGGAAUCAUAGGCUACAAAACCAUGACGAUGGAGCGGUUGCUGUGUCGAAAGUACUGGUGGAGUAAUGUUUUGUUUCUAAACAAUCUGCCGCUCGUGGUAGGUCAGUGUUUCGGACACACCUGGUACUUGAGCAGUAUACGUCGGUUUCUCGGUUCCAGGCCAAUGGCAGCCGUGGGAAAACUGUCGUAUUGUGCGUACAUGUUACACCCGACACUGAUGCGGAUCUUUAGUCUGUCGCCUAUGAUGCCAGAUCUGCCAGUAGAAUUCACCGUAGGAUCGCUGUUCAGCACCUGGCUGUGUGUUACCGUCGGAUCAUACCUUUUCGGAGCAAUCGUCUACCUAUGUCUAGAACAGCCGAUGAGUUUGCUGCUGCGAAGGCUAUACGGUGAAUACAGUAGAGAAAAAAAGAAAAUUUAA